UGGUCCCCCUCAAAAAAAAAAAAAAUUGUCCUGGUGAGUCGAAGCAACUCAAGCAACCGGCUCCUCUCUCUCUCCGGUCUCCGCGUUUGGUUUGACCAACUCGCUCCCUUUCCCCCGCCGCCAAACCCUAGAUCGCCGCCCGCCAUGGAGAGCUGGGCGACCUGGGUCGGGACCAGCGUGGCCUCCGCCUUCUUCGCCUCCCUCGAGCGCUGCUCCUGCAUCAACCUCUCCACCGACGACGACGAUGACCGCGACGACGAGGAGGAGGCCAAGGACCGGCCCCUCAUCCUCUCCUCCGCGCCCCGCCACGACGACCACGCCGCCGCCUCUAAGCCCACCGACCUCAGCCCCCUCCCCGAGCCCAAGGUCCAGGACCAGAAGCAAGAGCAGCCGCCCCUGCCGCCCGUAUGAAUGGAUCACUUGCUUCUUGUCACCUCACCUCCGGCUAGAUCUUCCCUUUCCUCCUAAGAAGGAAUACUGCUAGUUGUAUACUCUACUAGCUGCUGUGCUGUUAUCUCUCUCGCCUACCCUUCGUUGCCAAAUAAGUCGUGUGCUCUUCUCUUGUGUGCAGUGCAGUGCAAUCCCCGUAUUAUCUGUCCUGUGUCUCCCUUCGUGUGAAUAUAUCUCCUCAUUUGUAGCCCUACCUGUCGUUUCAAUUGACUCAAUAAAUGCAUCAAUUUCCAUCAUGCAA